AGUCGACUCCUAACGCUGACGUCGACUUCUGCAGCAAAAUGGCGUCGUUGACAGCAGUCAUGCACACGAACCGGUCCGGUUCAUUACCUUCAUCCAAAAAACAGACCGGAAUGAUGACCCAAAGGAGGUUCAGACUUUUGGACAACAAUGUCCUUUUAUUCCUUUCGUUAGCCUCCAUGUUGCAUUGUGCUUUGGCUGACGGCAAGACGCUCGUUCUACUGGACAACCUCAACAUCAGAGACACACAUUCAAUCUUCUUCCGCAGUUUGGCAGAUCGUGGCUUUGACAUCACAUUCAAGACGGCUGAUGAUCCCUCUCUAUCUCUGAUCAAAUAUGGCCAGUUCCUGUAUGACCAUUUAAUCAUCUUCUCACCAUCAGUUGAGGACUUUGGAGGAAAUAUAAAUGUGGAGACUAUUACAUCCUUUAUUGAUGGUGGAGGCAACGUCCUGGUUGCUGCCAGUUCCGAUAUUGGUGACCCACUGAGGGAGCUGGGCAGUGAGUGUGGCAUCGAAUUUGAUGAAGAAAAGACUGCUGUCAUUGACCAUCACAACUUUGACGUGUCUGACCCUGGAGAGCACACCCUGAUUGUUGCUGAUCCAGAGAACCUGAUGAAAGCUCCAACUAUUGUCGGAAAACCCACCAAUAAACCUGUUUUAUUCAAGGGUGUUGGCAUGGUGGCAGACCCAGAGAAUCCUCUUGUCCUGGAUAUUCUCACCGGCUCAUCUACUUCCUACUCGUUUUUCCCUGACCGACCCGUCUCUCAGUACCCCCAUGCUGUUGGCAAGAACACCCUGCUUAUCGCCGGCCUUCAGGCCAGAAACAAUGCCAGAGUGGUUUUCAGCGGCUCCCUGGAGUUCUUCAGCGAUGCCUUCUUCAACUCUGCUGUGCAGAAGGCCACACCUGGCUCCCAGAGGUAUGAGCAGACAGGGAACAUGGAGCUGGCCGAGGCUCUGUCUCGCUGGGUGUUCAAGGAGGCCGGAGUCCUCAGGGUGGGAGCUGUUACCCAUCAUCCCGUUGGAGAGACCACUCCCCCUGCGGCAUACACAAUCACUGACCUUGUGGAGUACAGUAUUGUCAUUGAGAUGUUGACCGAGGGUCGCUGGGUUCCAUUCGACGGAGACGAUAUUCAGCUUGAGUUUGUGAGGAUCGAUCCCUUUGUCAGGACUUACCUCAAGAAAAAGGGAGAUAAAUAUAGUGUCCAAUUCAAGCUGCCUGAUGUGUACGGAGUCUUCCAGUUCAAGGUGGACUACAACCGACUGGGAUACACACAUCUCUACUCCUCCACCCAGGUAUCAGUGCGCCCCCUGCAGCACACUCAGUACGAGCGCUUCAUCCCCUCAGCUUUCCCAUACUAUGCCAGCGUCUUCUCCAUGAUGGCAGGACUCUUUGUCUUCAGCAUAGUCUUCUUGCACAUGAAAGAGAAGGAGAAGUCAGACUAAUGCAGAGAGACAACGGGGAAGGGAUAACACGAAUAUAGAGUUAAACUUGUGUGAAGAGUUGAAUUUGAAUGUCUUUUGAUGGCUUGAAUCUUCACGCAGGGAUUUGGACUGCAGUCCUCCGUAAAAAUGCAGUUUCUGUUCAGUUAUUUGGUUACUUAACUAAUCCGGGGCUGGAGGCCAAAAGGGGUGACUGUAAUGCAGUGGUUGGGGGUUUGUUUUUUGGAUUUUUUUUUUUUUUUUACUCUGAAAUUACUCAAAAGCCUGUAAAUGUCCUGAAGUCAGUCAGCGUUUGUAUAAAGUUAUCUCCUAAGUAGAGCACUUGCCUUGGAACAUAAAAGAAAUCCAUAUUAAAAUUUGACCCACAUGUUCUCAAUUUAGGAAGGUUUAUUGUGGUAACUACAUGCACUGAUUAUGCCAACUGUUAAUUUGUUUUUGAUAAGUGUUUCCAAAAAAGUUGGAGUCAUCUUAACAAUAAAAUAUUGACAUUCCACUCGA